AUGUCAAUAAUGCCAAUGGACGAUGAUUACCCAAUCUCUACUAUCUCCUCUCAGGAGAGUUCAACCAAUGACCUUGACACAGAUAGCAUAGACACCACAAAUACUUCAGAAAGUUCUUUAACCGAAUCUGUGGAGUCUAAAUAUAUGCCUCCUUGGACCAAGCCUUACAUUAUUGGAAUUGGAGGAGCUUCUGGUUCUGGUAAAACUAGUGUUGCUGCAAAAAUUGUGUCAUCAAUAAAUGUACCUUGGACUGUACUUAUUUCAUUAGAUAAUUUCUAUAACCCUUUAUCUCCAGAAGAACGUCAACUAGCAUUUAAUAACAAUUUUGAUUUUGAUGAUCCUGCUGCCAUUGAUUUGGAUUUAGCAUAUGAAUGCCUUUUAAAUCUGAAAGAGGGGCGUAAAACAGUUAUACCCAAAUAUAAUUUUGUUGAACAUAACCGUGUUCCAGACCAAAGCAUCACGAUAUAUGCUGCAAGUGUUAUUGUGAUAGAAGGUAUUUAUGGUCUUUUUGAUAGAAGAUUGCUAGACCUUAUGGAUUUGAAAAUAUAUGUAGAUGCCGAUCUUGAUGUUUGUUUAGCAAGAAGAUUAACAAGAGACAUUAUUUCAAGGGGUAGAGACUUAGAAGGCUGUUUGAUCUCUUGGCAAAAAUUUGUAAGACCAAACACUAUAAAAUAUGUAAGACAAACUUUACACAAUGCAGAUGUUAUAAUACCAUCAACUGGGGACAAUACAGUAGCAGUUAAUUUACUAAUUACUCAUAUAAAAACUAAGCUGGAAUUAAAAUCAAAACAACAUUUGAAAGAGUUGAUUCAUUUAGGUCUUUCUGAUACUAGAUUGAUCAAUGAAAUACCCGUAGUGCAUCAAUUAAACAAAGGACACCAAAUUAGAUCAUUAAAAACGAUGCUAUUAAACAAAAACUUAAGUCGUGCAGAUUUUAUUUUUUAUUUUGAUCGUAUUGCAUCUAUAUUAUUGUCUAAAGUAUUAGAUCAUAUGUCAUAUACAUCUAAAGUAUCUAUUGAGACUCAAAAUGGCCAUCAACUAGCUGAUCAAAUUCUUUGUAGAUUCGAUCAAAUUACUGCAGUUAAUAUUAUUCCUUCUGGAGAUUGCUUUAUGCAUUCUUUAAAAAAAACAAUCCCAAAUAUUUCUGUAAGUAAAAUAUUGAUUCAAUCGGAUUCUAAAACUGGUGAACCGCAAUUACAUUGUGAAUAUCUAGCACCUAACAUAAGCCAAUUUAAACAAGUUUAUUUAAUGGAAUCACAGAUUAUUACAGGAACAUCAAUAAUUAUGGCAAUUCGUGUAUUAUUGGAUCAUGAUGUUAAAAUAGAGAAUAUCACCAUUGUACUUUAUAUGGCCACUGAAGUUGGGAUUAAACGGAUAUUAAAUGCAUUUGGUGACAAAAUUAAUAUAUUUGUUGCUCAUUUAGUAUCCAACAAAGAUAUCCAUGAUGGUAAUAAACAAUGGGCAUUGAAAAGAUUUGUGGAUGUAAAAUAUUUUGGUUGCUGA